GUCUAGCAUUGCACUGAUGACCAAAGACGAUCAGUCACACUAUAGUUACAGGUGGAAAAUCAACAAUUUCAGCAAACAGCUAAAGCUUGCAAAGCAGGAAGACCGUGAUAUCAAACUGUACAGUGAAUCGUUCUACACUCACAAGUAUGGAUACAAACUGAAACUGAGGUUAUAUCCUAAUGGAGUUGGUGUUGGCAAGGGUACCCAUGCAUCAGUAUUCAUGGUUAUCAUGCGAGGUGAAUACGAUGCAAUAUUGACCUGGCCAUUUGAUUGGAAAUACAAUUUUACCCUGCUUGACCAGAAACCAGAGCACUCGACGAGGGAAAAUUUCGACGGUGGUUACAGUAGUCCCGAUACAAGUAAUCAUUGCUAUCAAAGACCGAAAACUAAUGAAAACGUCGGAAUAGGACGUCCCAAAUUUGUUUCCCAUGAAACAUUAAAAACUGAGAACUAUGUUGUCGAUGGAGAAGUUUUCAUCAAGUUUGAAUUGGAGGAUCCUUCUCUGACUCCAUCUCUCUGUGACGUGAUGAUGUCAAAAGACGAUCAGUCACAUUAUAGUUACACGUGGAAAAUCAACGAUUUCAGCAAACAGCUACAGCUUGCAAAGCAGGAAGGCCGUAAUAUCAGACUGUACAGUGAACUGUUCUACACUCACAAGUAUGGAUACAAACUGAAACUGAGUUUGGAUGCUAAUGGAGAAUGUCAUGUCAAGGGAACCCAUGUAUCAGUAUUCAUGAUUAUCAUGCGAGGUGAAUACGAUACAAUAUUGACCUGGCCAUUUAAUUGGAAAUACAAGUUUACCCUGCUUGACCAGAAACCAGAGCACUCGAUGAGAAAAAAACAUCGACGGCGGUUACAGUAUUCCCGAUACAAUUCAAGUUAGCUUUCAAAGACCAACAACUAAUGAAAACGUUGGAAUAGGACAUCCCAAAUUUGUUUCCCAUGAAACAUUAAAAACAGAGAACUAUGUCAUCGAUGGAGCAGUUUUCAUCAAGUUUGAG